AUGGCAUCUGUCGUAGUGAUGUGGGAAGAGUUGGUGGUUAUGGCGUUGGCGAGGGUGGACAAGAACAACUUUCUGAGGUACUUGCCCAAGGUGUGCCUCACCAAGCUCAGCGCCGAGGAGGAUCCUCUCGCCGAUAUCGAGACGUUGGACGGCCCCGGCCCUUGGGACCGAACCUUGCUGGAAGUCGAAGUGGAGAAUCCCAAGGCCCCAACGAGUGACGGCGAAGCGGCUCGGAACCGGAUGCUCCUCUUCUCCGCCAACGACUACCUCAACCUCAGUACCCAUCCGGCCGUCCGCAAGGCGUCGGCCAAGGUAGGCUUUCGAGCUCGAUCCUGGUGUAGGUAUUAUAUUGUCCGUCACGAAUCGCGGUAGUCGGUGGCCGAUUCUAUACACAAAUAUGGAACAGGCGUCUCUGGCGUUCGGGAUGGGUCCGCGAUCGUCCGCUUUGGUCAGUAGCCACACCGAGUACCACCGGCGGCUGGAGAAUGUCCUGGCGGAGAUGCACAAGAAGGAGGCCUGUGUCGUGACUCCCACCGGAUUCGCCGCAAACACGGCCUUCCUGUCGGCGCUCGGAGGCAUCGCCACUCAUAACGCGGCCUCGAGGAGGCCGGCGGAGCAAGAGAAGAUCGCCGUGUUCUCCGACGCCUUGAAUCACGCAUCCAUAAUCGACGGCCUCCGGAUGAUGGAGCGGCAUCAGCAAGCCGUCGUGUCCGUGUACAGGCCCAGCGACAUGCAGCAUCUGGACGAGCUCAUCUCAAACUGCCCUCUCGAGAGGAAGGUAGUUAUCACGGACAGGUAACACAGACUGAAUUGAUAAGACAAGAACGAUCUCCGUUCGAUAACAACUUCUUGCUGGUCCUGUGAAACUUCCGUGCUCAGAAGCCUCCUCAUUUCUUUUCAUGGCGCAGUUUGUUCAGCAUGGAAGGGGACUUCGCGCCGAUGCUCGACCUCGUGCAACUCCGGAAGAAGCACCGGUUCCUAUUCGUCAUUGAUGAAGUGAGUCGUCCACUUUGUCUUGACUCGGCGUCGGAGCAGUCUUCUUUACUGUCUCCCUCCCUCGAUCCGGAUUGACCAUCGCCACGUUACAGGCGCAUACGGCAUUUGUGUGCGGGAGGAAUGGCGGCGGUAUCGGAGAGGUUUACGGCAUCGAAGAUCAGAUCGACAUCAUCGUCGGGACGCUGAGCAAGGCCGGGGGAUGCCUGGGUGGGUUCGUGGCCUGCAGCAGGAAAUGGUCGGACCUGGUCCGGGGGCUGGGCCGUCCCUAUAUUUUCUCCACCGCUUCCCCGUUACCCGUUAUCGUCGCCGCCUACGGUACUGUUUACAGCAUCCGUUCGAUCUGCCACUAGUGGGCCAUUUUUCUUCUUCAGAUAGACUUCACCACAUGAUUCUCACCACUGCCAUGCGUGGUAUAUUUAACACGAUUUCGCUCUCCGCGUGGAUCCCGUGCAGCUGCUGUGACGGUGGCCAAGGAGGGGUGACGCAGGCAGGCAGUGUGGGACCGAGCCCAAGAAUUCGCGGCAAUGACGAAGCACCCCGCGACCAGCCCCAUCUUGUCUCUGGUGGUCGGCUCCGAGGAUGCGGCUAUCUAUGCAAGCAAGCACAUGAUGGAGCGAGGCUUCCACGUCAUCGCCAUUAGGCCGCCGGCAGUCGCCCCAAACGCCUGCCGGUGAGUUCUCACCCUCCUCUCUGGCUAUCCUUCCAACCGCACGGCCUUCUUCCCAUGGGUUUACGCUGAUGAAUCGUUUCAUAUUCCAGGCUUAGGGUUACGCUCACUAGCGCGCAUACCUCGGAGGACCUCAGAAGGCUCGUAUCCGCACUCUCCGAGUGCAUCCCCGGGCUCAACCGCCCGGUAGAUCAAAUUGCCGCAAGGGUUUGAUCAUGGAAUUUGGUCAACGCUCCAGUUCAACCCCGCCUGUCACCCGUUCCGCAGAUGAGGAAGCCGAAACGAUCUAUAGAUGGAUGCCGAAGUUUUAUACACGGUGCAGUUGUCGUCAGGUGCUUUGGUCGGCUGUUUCGAGAAUUCACUCGACGGACGCGGACCAAAGCAUUGCUUGCAGAUAUUCGUUCGUUUCAAUUACCAUACUGUUGUGAGGCCAAUGCAUAG